AUGGGGUGUGGGUACAGCAGAGACUACACUAUCGACUACACUAUCGACUACACUAUCGACUACACUAUCGACUACACUAUCGACCACACUAUCGACUACACUAUCGACUACACUAUCGACUACACUAUCGACUACACUAUCGACUACACUAUCGACCACACUAUCGACUACACUAUCGACUACACUAUCGACUACACUAUCGACCACACUAUCGACUACACUAUCGACUACACUAUCGACUACACUAUCGACUACACUAUCGACUACACUAUCGACCACACUAUCGACUACACUAUCGACCACACUAUCGACUACACUAUCGACUACACUAUCGACCACACUAUCGACUACACUAUCGACUACACUAUCGACUACACUAUCGACUACACUAUCGACUACACUAUCGACCACACUAUCGACUACAUUAUCGACUACACUAUCGACUACACUAUCGACCACACUAUCGACUACACUAUCGACUACACUAUCGACUACACUAUCGACUACACUAUCGACCACACUAUCGACUACACUAUCGACUACACUAUCGACUACACUAUCGACCACACUAUCGACCACACUAUCGACUACACUAUCGACCACACUAUCGACUACACUAUCGACUACACUAUCGACUACACUAUCGACCACACUAUCGACUACACUAUCGGCUACACUAUCGACUACACUAUCGACUACACUAUCGGCUACACUAUCAACCACACUAUCGACUACACUAUCGACUACACUAUCGACUACACUAUCGACCACACUAUCGACUACACUAUCGACUACACUAUCGACUACACUAUCGACUACACUAUCGACCACACUAUCGACUACACUAUCGACUACACUAUCGACUACACUAUUGACUACACUAUCGACUACACUAUCGACCACACUAUCGACUACACUAUCGACCACACUAUCGACUACACUAUCGACCACACUAUCGACUACACUAUCGACUACACUAUCGACUACACUAUCGACCACACUAUCGACUACACUAUCGACUACACUAUCGACCACACUAUCGACUACACUAUCGACUACACUAUCGACUACACUAUCGACUACACUAUCGACUACACUAUCGACUACACUAUCGACCACACUAUCGACUACACUAUCGACUACACUAUCGACCACACUAUCGACUACACUAUCGACUACACUAUCGACUACACUAUCGACUACACUAUCGACUACACUAUCGAACUUAAUACUUUGGAUUGGUGGGGCAGUUAG